AGGCUAACGUGGCGAGGCGCUGCGUGGCUCUGCCAACGUGGUCAUGGGGUCCCUAUAAAGCGCAGGCUGGACUUCAGACGUCAACACUACCUUCCUGAGCUCAACCCGGUCUGCAGUAACAACUUCUCAACACACAACUGUGCCACGUCUUUUAUUAGUAACUCAACGUCAUCAUGGGACUCAUCUUAAGCCGCAUCUUGGCUCUGGUGCAGAGCAAGAAGCCAUGCAGGAUCCUCAUGGUUGGGCUGGACGGAGCAGGGAAGACUACUGUGCUCUACAAAUUAAAACUGGGGGAGGUCGUCACAACUAUUCCCACUAUUGGCUUCAACGUGGAGACGGUGGAGUACAAGAACAUCAGUUUCACCGUGUGGGACGUGGGAGGUCAGGAGAGGCUGAGGCCUCUAUGGAGACACUACUUCCAAAACACUUCAGCCAUCAUCUAUGUCGUCGAUAGUAACGACCCUCAGCGUCUGGCCGAGUCACGAGAAGAACUUGACACUGUGCUAAAUAACGACGAGGUGUCGGAAUGCCCGCUGCUGGUGCUGGCCAACAAGCAGGACCUACCCCAGGCAGCCUCCGUCGACACCAUCACCCACUCCCUCGGCCUCCGUCACCAUACUCGGCCCUGGUUCGUCCAACCUACCUGUGCCGUCACUUCCUCCGGCAUCUACGAGGCGCUCGACUGGCUGGCAAAUCAGAUCUCCUAAUGGGCCCGUUAAAAUAGAUUAUUGCACUGACAUUUACUCAAGCAACGAUACUGUUAGUAUUCUUAAUUAAUGGAGAUGUCAAUUCGGGUUUCCUUGUGAUGGCACGUGGCAACUUGGCUAAUUUUUCCCGAUGUACUGAUUUAAUCUUCAGUGUUUAUCCACAUGAAAUACGUCAAGUAGUGAUAUCUUAAUCAGUUAAAAAAAAUAAAAAUAAAAGCCCAA